AUGCUUUCUAAAGCUUUGUCUUUGGUGCUCCUGCUCGUUGCCAGUUUUUCUUUCGACGCGCAUGCCAUCCCUGCAACAGUAAAGCCGGCUCUCUCGCCGCGUCACGGUCAUCCGCCUCACGGUCAUCCGCCUCAUUUUGCAACAAGCGCAUCAGCAAGCUGCUCCGUCCAAGUCCAGAGUUUCCAGACCAGCUGGCAGUCGCUGUCUCAGUCAUUCGUCCAGACUCAGUCGGUCUUCGAGCAGCGAGCAGAUGUGAGCGUUGCGUACGAAUCCGUCCAAACGCUAUAUCAGAGCUAUCAAUCGACCGUCUCCCAGUACCAAUCCUACGACCUUUGCAAUAAUGGCUUGGCUCAGAGUGGCUUCCAAACGCAAUUCCAGCAAUCUGUAACGACAAUGUACAGAUCUUUCCAGUCUAUCAUCAUCAUCGGGAAACAGACCUAUGGUUACCGAUGGGAAACACAGUUUACUCAGGUGUUCCAAAAGAUGAGCUCGUUCGGAAACUUCUGUCAGACGGUCGCUUCCGGCAUCCAGAUCGACUUGGGUGGCAUCUUAGGUGGACUGGGUCUUAACAUCAAUUUAUUUGUCAACAUCGGAAUCAACCUGGGUGGAAUCCUUGGCGGACCGCGCGGCGGCUCGUUCAGCAAUGGCUUUGGUGGAAGACCAAACGGCGGCUUAGUUGGGUCCAGGCGCUUGCCUUAA